AUGAGAGCUUCACAAAUUUUAUUAAAUGCAACAAAGAAUAAGUCCCCUGGAGUCAAAGCGCCAGUGGAAAUGUAUCCUUUGUUCGCAGCUGUUGGUGUAGCUAUUGCUUCAGGUUUCUUUUUCACCUACAGACAUUUUGCUCAUGACAGACAAUUGAGGUUGUGGCGUAAUCCUGACUUGUCAGAAUUGAGCAACGUCUUGGAAGAAGCAGAAAAGAAGGAAAAGAAGUAA